AUGGGUCCCAUGGACUCUGAACCAGUGUACUUUUGGAAACCAGAAUCAGAGAAUGGCUACCUGGGCCAAUGGUAUACGUCGGAUUUUACUUGGGCCAGGAAUGCCGCUGACGCUCAUGGCGACGUUGAAAUCGUCAAAUAUGACAAUGCUGAACAAUUCAUGAUGCACCGCAAGGGCCUCCUCUUCGCGCCAGACGAUCCUAUCACCCAGGAGAUUCUCGCGCGAGACUCUCCAUCACCCCAUCCUCGAGAUCUAAGAAGCCUAGGCCGGCAAAUACCCAACUUCGACGACGCAGUGUGGAAGACCCAUCGCUAUGCGAUCGUCGUUGAAGGCAAUUACCUGAAAUUCACUCAGAACCCGCAGCUCAAGGAGGAGCUUUUGGCCACGGGGGAUAGGGAGCUUGUAGAGGCUAGUCCGCGAGAUCGGAUAUGGGGUGUAGGAUUUGGGGCGAAAAAUGCUGGCGCAAGAAGGAAGCAUUGGGGGUUGAAUUUGCUUGGGAAGGCGUUGAUGGAGGUGAGGGAACGAAUUCGAAAGGAGGAUGAGGAGGGGCCGCAGGCGGCUGCUGGUGGAGAAAAGAAGGAUGCGGCAUAG